UGAUCGGGGAAAAUGAGAAAGCUGUGGCUGAGCGAAACGUAUAAAACGAUGUUAGUUCGACCACUCUCUUCAGUUCGUCUAAUAUCUGACCUAUCGACGUCAACGAGCAGACUUGCGAUGAAUAAUUCGAUAGUAACGUUGCUUCUGCUAUGCGGCGUUUAUGGUGUUUUGGCCGGGCGUCGCUACAUCGCUAUUCCAAUCGAUGGUGUCGAUGUGAUCGAACUGAGUCCCGUCUCGAUACCUGUACCCAGGAUCACUCGACAAACCGAGGCAUAUAUACCCGUAGAAGUUCCUAAUGUCUCUCAGGAGGAGCUGAAGAAUCCUCGAGCUGAAAGAUCGACCGCUCACAUCUUGGAUUACGUGGAUUUCGGUGGACAAACUAACUCUAAUGGCGCAUUCAGUUGGUACGCUGAUUACCCAGCUCAUCAUUGAUCAACCUAAAUCGAUAGACCCUACAAACGAAUGUACGAAUCUACGAAUUCGAAUUUCGAAACUCAAGGAAUGGAAAUGUUAUACGUAUACUCAAUCAUUCUAUCGUUUGAUGAAUUUUCACCCAGAUCCACUAAUUGACUAUGGUACAAUGAUUAUGAUCGAAUUCAUACUUCAAGCUUCUGUUAUUAAAAAUUUCUGAUAUUUGCAAUUUGUAAUAUUUAAAAAUGAUUUCUUGUUCAUUUACGAUGGAAUGUUUCUUUUUUAUUAAUUAGUUGUAAGUUUGAAUAUACUGCCAAAACUGUAUGGAUACAGAAUUCUUUGUUAUUUUAGUUUGAUAAGGAAUAUUAUACGUUAUACAUCGUUAUCGCAGUUAUCGUUUCAACUGAUUACUGUUUGAAUAAAAUAUAAGGAAUAUUGUUGAUUUCAUAACCUUGCUUUAACGAGUAUUCAUGUAAGCAUUAUUUAAAUGAUAUACGUAUGUACUUGUUAUUAAGAUGUAUACAUUGUUAUAUUCUGCACUUAUUAUGG